CAAAAGGGGCCCGUCUCCUCCUCUUCCCUCUCUCCCCUCCUCUCUCUUUCUUUUCCUUCUCCCUCUCUUUGGCCUCGUCCCAGCAACCCUCGUGUGGUGCUUCAUCUGUAGAUCCUACUCUCAACAGAUCCAUCCUACUACCGUGAAACCACAAGAUUGACAUAUAUCCUUAUCUAGCCUUUGUCUCAGCGGUCGCGUACAUACACAAUGUCUUCGCUGCCCUCCAACGUCCAUGUGUCUCAGCACCCGUGCCUCCGCGCCAAGCUGAGCCAGAUUCGCUCCAAGUCCAUCAGCCCGCGAGAGGUCAAGGCGCUGAUCCAUGAGAUUUCCCUAAUCGUCUCGUGUGAAGCCCUAGCUUCGUCGCUGGAAGUCACCGAUGGUCCUCAGGAUGAGACCCCAUUGGGUUUCCAAUUUACUUCCACAACCGUCCAGCCAAGCACCAUGUGUCUAGUUCCUAUCCUCCGAUCAGGUCUAGGCAUGGUUGAAGCUGUGCAAACCAUCCUCCCCAUACCUGUCCCGGUUCAUCACCUCGGCAUGUACCGCGAACCCUCAACGCUGGACCCCGUCGAGUACUACAACAACCUUCCCCAGCAGAUCCCCGAUGACGAAGCUUCGUCAAGCAACGCUAGCAGCCUUGCCAUCCUCGUCGACCCCGUCAUCGCUACUGGCGGAACCUGCGCCGCCGCCAUCCAGACCCUCCGUGAAUGGGGAGCCAAGAAGAUUAUCAUCCUCGCUGUCAUUGGUGCCGAGGAGGGUGUCAAGAGAGUUGCUGCCGAGUGGCCUGAGGGCUCAGAGGUGUGGAUUGCUGGAGUCGACAAGGAGUUGACAUCAACUGGCAUGCUUAAGCCCGGCCUGGGAGACGUUGGAGACCGACUGUUCUUGACUCUUGGAAAAUAAGCUUCCAUGGUCGGUCGUUUUGAUGGCGUCUAAUCCUCAAGGCAUAAAUAAACAUAAAGGCUAGGUAGUAUACACUUGUUAAAUACCCAUCGUUCUUCAUGGAACC